GCGGGACUGAUUGAUAACACAGUCGAACCUCUUUAAUACGGACUCCAAAGGGCCAGAGUUUAUUGUCCCUGCACAGGAGAUGCUUUAAUAAGGAAAAAAGGACUAAGAAACUGGGUAGAGGCCGCAUCGACUGCGGACGACUGGGUAACCUGGAGCUGGAGAGCCUAGAGCCCAAUUCUCCACAAGGAGAACAGACAAAUGAUGAUGAUUCAGGAGGUGUCCGUGUAAUAGAGAAAAGGAUUAUAUGAAUUCUAGUUUAGGUGGGACUGACUGAACUGCACCUAAUAUGGAGAUGUCUAAAUUAUGGAGGUGUUCGUAUUAUAGACGUGGUUAUGGCAUCAGUUGUGGUUUCUCUGGGGCCAAGUUAACUGUGUUUUAUAUAGAGCUGUCUUUAGUAAAGAGGUUUCUGUAAGGAGAGGUUCUAUUGUACUUGUUAUAUGAAAAGGAAAAUUUUUGAAGCAUAUUUUCUAAAUGCUUAUUUGUUGCUUCUAGCCGUCCGUUCAGUCAAGAUUACUCCAUAUAUUACCAUUCAACGAAUCGGAUGCUUCAAAGAUACAUCUCGUAGAGCUAUUACACCAGUACUGGAAGGGAGACUGCCAAUUGUUAAAGGAAACUACCAAAGACGAAAGAAAGCCAUUGCCAGAUGCGCAUUGGCGGCCGCGAGAUAUGGUUAUAAUGGGUUUGCAGUUCAACAUGGCGGCCAGUGUUUUGCGGGGCCGCGGGCUCUUAGAACGUAUGCAAAGUAUGGCCGAUCAAACAGAUGUAGAAAUGGCAAAGGAGGACCAUGGGCAAAUGAUGUCUACAGGAUUUCAGGGAAAUGUCGACUUCGUACAACCACCGGCUACUGCUGUGUACCGUUCACGUAUCACCGGCGCAGAUACAAUGGCUGUGCCACAAAUCGACGAGGACAAAAAUGGUGUGCCAUCGCUCCAGACUUUCACAAGAACAAAAUGUGGGGGUACUGCAGGGGAGGAGGUAGGCGUAAGUUAGUCUGUCUGUCUGUCUGUCUGUCUGUCUGUCUACCUACCUUCCAGUCCAUCUGUCAUUCACGUUGUCUAUGUACCUCUCUCUUUUGUCUGUCUGUCUGACUAUCUUUCAGUCUCUUUUCCUGUGUAGUCUUUUUGUUUCUUUGUCUGUCCGUCGGUGUCGGUCUGUCUAUUCAUCCAUCCAUCCGCCCACCUGCCUGUCUGUCUGACUGCCUGUCUAUUUGUCUGUCUAAUUGUCUGUCUCUGCAGCUGUCUGUCAGGUCAAUCUUCUGUUGUCAAGUUCAGUUACGUUUUUAAUUAAAACGUAGUAAGGAAUCUUUACAUCAGUCAUAUUCACACUGGUUUGACAUGCUAAGCGUUGUACACGUUUCUACUUCGCUGGUAUACAGAUGAGUUUAGAGGAGAUUAUCCAAGGAAAAUUUCAGAAGGAAUCUCUGCCUCGCUCGCUUCCCACGCAUGUUUCAUUUUACUCAAAAAGGGAACACCAUGUCACAUAUUUUCCCGCCUUUUCGUACCAUCACUUCGUUUAAAUCGAAGUGAAAUGUCCGCAUCAUCCAAUCGAUUGAAGAAUUUAAUUAUAACAAUUUAUUCUUAUGCAUUAUUCAU